AAACCCAAAGGUAAGUUCAAUCUCAUCUUCGCCGAAAACAAAAAAUUGUAGAAAGCUUCUGAAAAGCUUCGAGAGAAACUAUCACCAAUUUAGUAGCAGCUUCUUCUUCUUCUUCUAAUUGAUCUUUUUGACUAAAGAAGCCAUGUUUUUUGUGUGCGUAAGCGACGUGGACGAAAGGGUUGUGUCGAGCCAAACGGCCCCUGGUAAUUGCCCAUUCUGUGGAGGACUGAUUCGGGCCUUGGAUGUUCAUUAUCAAUGGAGGCUAUGUUUUAUCCCUGUUUAUUGGAAAACCAAACGCAAAUUCUUAUGUACCCUCUGCAACCAACCACUCGUAGCUCUCCACUGAUUCUAUAAUUCUUCUUUUCUUUUUUUGUAUCAUAUUAUAGAUAGAUUGUAAUUAUUAUCAUAUAUUUUUUCAUUGCCCAUGUAAUUUUCUUUUAUUUCAAUAAAUAUAUGAAAAAAAACAAAUUUAUUUCAAUAAUAA